CUCUCCCUCUCUUUUCUUCUUCGUAUCGUGGAUACGUAAAUCCAUUAACAACACUACCGUUUUCAGUAGCAGCACAAGCAUUCGCUUCUUCAAAUCAGCGUUUAGCUAGGGUUUUUGCAGCUAGGGUUUCGCAAAUGGCGCACCUCGGAGGCGGUGCGGAGGCGCACGCGCGGUUCAAGCAGUACGAGUACCGCGCCAACUCCAGCCUCGUCCUCACCACCGACUCGCGCCCCCGCGACACGCACGAGCCCACCGGCGAGCCCGAGUCGCUGUGGGGAAAGAUCGAUCCCAAGAGCUUCGGCGACCGCGCCUACCGCGGCCGCCCGCCGGAGCUCGACGAGAAGCUAGAGAAGGCGAAGAACAAGAAGAAGAAGAAGGACCGCGACGCCGCUGCCGACGCCGCCGCCGCGCUCUCCGUCCCCUCGAAGCGGCGGCGCCUCCAGCACGACAGCGUCCUCUCCGCCUCCGACGACGGCGUCUACCAGCCCAAGACGAAGGAGACUCGCGCUGCCUAUGAGGCGCUCCUGAGUGUUAUCCAGAACCAGCUCGGCGGCCAGCCGCUCAGCAUUGUCAGCGCUGCGGCGGAUGAGAUCCUCGCCGUGCUGAAAAACGACGCCGUGAAGAAUCCUGACAAGAAGAAGGACAUUGAGAAGCUUCUGAAUCCUAUACCUAACCAUGCUUUUGACCAGCUUGUGUCGAUUGGGAAGUUAAUUACUGAUUUUCAGGAGGCUACUGAUGUUCCCAAUGGGAAUUCGGCUCUGGAUGGUGAGGAGGGGCUUGAUGAUGAUGUUGGUGUUGCUGUUGAGUUUGAGGAGAAUGAGGAUGAUGAUGAGGAGAGUGAUUUGGAUAUUGUUCAGGAUGACGAGGAAGAUGAGGAGGAUGGCGCGGAGCAGAAUGGUUCCGGGGGUAUGCAGAUGGGUGGUGGAAUUGAUGAUGAGGAUAUGGAAGAGGGUAAUGAGGGAAUGAGUUUGAAUGUGCAGGAUAUUGAUGCGUAUUGGCUUCAGAGGAAAAUCUCCCAGGCUUUUGAGCAGCAGAUUGAUCCGCAGCAGUGUCAGAAGCUUGCAGAGGAGGUGCUCAAGAUUCUGGCUGAGGGGGAUGAUAGGGAGGUGGAGAACAAGCUUUUGUUUCACCUGGAGUUUGAUAAGUUCAGCCUCAUUAAGUUUUUGUUGAGGAAUAGGUUGAAGAUUGUGUGGUGCACGCGGUUGGCGCGGGCGCAGGAUCAAGAGGAGAGGGAGAGGAUUGAGGAGGAGAUGAAGGGGACUGAGUUGCAGCCGAUUUUAGAGCAGUUGCAUGCUACGAGGGCCUCUGCAAAGGAGAGGCAGAAGAACUUGGAGAAGAGCAUCAGGGAGGAGGCUAGGAGGUUGAAGGAUGAUACUGGUGGAGAUGGGGAUAAGGAGAGGGAUAGGAGCAGGAGGGGAGUGGCUGAUAGAGAUGGGGAGAGUGGAUGGUUGAAGGGUCAGCGGCAGAUGCUUGAUCUUGAUAACAUUGCUUUUGCUCAAGGUGGAUUUUUCAUGGCUAAGAAGAAGUGUGACCUACCGGAUGGGUCCUAUAGACAUCUCAGCAAGGGUUAUGAAGAGAUUCAUGUGCCCGCCUUGAAGGCCAAACCGCUUGAUAGUAAUGAGAAGCUUGUGAAAAUAUCAUCUAUGCCGGAUUGGGCACAACCAGCUUUUAAAGGAAUGACGCAGUUGAAUAGGGUGCAGAGCAAGGUUUAUGAGACGGCCCUCUUCAAGCCUGAUAAUCUUCUGCUCUGUGCUCCAACUGGGGCUGGAAAAACUAAUGUUGCUGUGUUAACUAUACUUCAACAAAUUGCACGGCACAGGAAUCCUGAGGAUGGUUCGAUUGACCAUAGUGCUUAUAAAAUUGUUUAUGUUGCGCCUAUGAAAGCUCUUGUGGCUGAGGUUGUUGGUAAUUUGUCCAAUAGAUUGCAGGAAUAUGAUGUUAAAGUUAGGGAGCUCAGUGGAGACCAGUCACUAACCCGGCAGCAAAUAGAAGAGACUCAAAUUAUUGUCACAACUCCUGAGAAGUGGGAUAUUAUCACUCGAAAGUCAGGAGACCGUACUUAUACACAGCUUGUAAAGCUUCUUAUCAUCGAUGAGAUUCACCUUCUUCAUGAUAACAGAGGACCUGUUCUUGAAAGUAUUGUUGCUAGAACAGUAAGGCAGAUUGAAACAACAAAGGACUAUAUUCGGUUGGUGGGAUUGUCUGCUACUCUUCCUAAUUAUGAAGAUGUUGCACUGUUCUUGCGAGUUGAUUUGAAGAAGGGGUUGUUUUAUUUUGAUAAUAGUUAUAGACCUGUUCCUCUUAGUCAACAGUAUGUGGGAAUCACGGUGAAGAAGCCACUUCAGAGGUUCCAGUUGAUGAAUGAUAUCUGCUACGAGAAAGUUAUGGCUGUGGCCGGAAAACAUCAGGUUCUUAUCUUUGUACAUUCAAGGAAAGAAACUGCCAAAACUGCUAGAGCCAUCAGAGAUACUGCUCUUGCAAAUGAUACUCUUGGUAGGUUCCUUAAAGAAGAUAGUGCUAGCCGUGAGAUUCUUCAUACUCAUACAGAUCUUGUGAAGAGCAAUGAUCUUAAAGAUCUUCUGCCAUAUGGUUUUGCAAUUCAUCAUGCUGGUAUGACCAGGACAGAUCGUCAGCUUGUUGAGGAUCUCUUUGCCGAUGGACACGUGCAAGUGUUAGUAUCAACUGCUACCCUUGCGUGGGGUGUGAAUCUUCCAGCUCAUACAGUCAUAAUUAAAGGGACGCAGAUUUACAAUCCCGAAAAGGGGGCCUGGACUGAACUGAGUCCUCUUGAUGUGAUGCAGAUGCUGGGUCGUGCUGGAAGGCCCCAGUAUGACUCAUAUGGUGAGGGAAUAAUUGUUACCGGUCAUAGUGAGUUGCAGUAUUACCUCUCUCUUAUGAACCAACAACUUCCUAUCGAGAGUCAGUUUGUGUCCAAACUGGCUGAUCAGCUGAAUGCAGAAAUUGUUCUCGGUACUGUGCAAAAUGCUAGGGAAGCCUGUAAUUGGCUUGGAUACACUUACUUGUAUGUCCGUAUGUUGAGGAAUCCUUCACUAUAUGGUAUAGCACCUGACAUCCUUACAAGGGAUAUAACAUUGGAAGAAAGGAGGGCUGAUUUGAUUCAUACAGCUGCAACCAUCUUGGAUAGAAAUAAUUUGGUAAAGUAUGAUAGGAAGAGCGGAUAUUUUCAGGUCACUGACUUGGGUCGUAUUGCUAGUUACUAUUACAUUACACACGGAACCAUAUCCACAUAUAACGAGCAUUUGAAGCCUACAAUGGGAGACAUAGAGCUAUGUCGAUUGUUCUCAUUGAGUGAAGAGUUCAAGUAUGUAACAGUAAGGCAGGAUGAGAAGAUGGAGCUGGCAAAGCUUUUGGACCGAGUUCCCAUUCCCAUCAAGGAAAGUCUGGAAGAGCCAAGUGCCAAGAUCAAUGUUUUGCUGCAAGCAUACAUUUCACAAUUAAAGCUUGAAGGACUCUCGCUGACAUCUGAUAUGGUCUUUAUAACUCAGAGUGCUGGACGCCUUCUGCGGGCUCUUUUUGAGAUUGUCUUGAAACGAGGAUGGGCACAGUUAGCUGAGAAGGCUUUGAACCUAUGCAAAAUGGUGACUAAGAGGAUGUGGAGUGUCCAAACACCCCUUCGUCAGUUUAAUGGAAUUCCAAGUGAUUUAUUAACGAAGUUGGAGAAGAAAGAUUUGGCUUGGGACAGGUAUUAUGACCUAUCAUCACAAGAGAUAGGUGAACUUAUUCGUGCACCAAAGAUGGGAAGGACACUUCAUAAAUUUAUCCACCAGUUUCCUAAACUGAAUCUUGUAGCACAUGUGCAGCCAAUUACUCGCACAGUUUUGAGGGUUGAGCUGACAAUAACUCCAGAUUUUGCAUGGGAUGACCGGAUUCAUGGAUAUGUUGAACCAUUCUGGGUUAUUGUGGAGGAUAAUGAUGGGGAAUAUAUUCUUCACCAUGAAUAUUUUAUGCUGAAAAAGCAGUAUAUUGAUGACGACCACACACUGAAUUUCACAGUGCCAAUAUAUGAGCCUCUUCCCCCUCAGUACUUUAUCCGUGUUGUUUCAGAUAGAUGGCUUGGAUCGCAAUCUGUUUUACCUGUUUCUUUCAGGCAUUUAAUCUUACCUGAAAAGUAUCCUCCACCAACUGAAUUAUUGGAUCUGCAACCACUUCCUGUGACUGCCUUGCGAAAUCCAUCAUAUGAAGCACUUUAUCAGGAUUUUAAGCAUUUUAAUCCUGUUCAGACCCAAGUGUUCACAGUUCUGUAUAAUUCUGACGACAAUGUCUUAGUUGCUGCUCCAACAGGGAGUGGUAAGACUAUAUGUGCAGAGUUUGCCAUAUUGAGGAAUCAUCAAAAGGGGCCUGAUAGUGUUAUGCGUGUUGUUUAUGUUGCACCUGUUGAAGCUCUUGCCAAGGAGCGGUAUCGUGAUUGGGAGAGGAAAUUUGGUGGUGGUCUUAAAUUGAGAGUGGUUGAAUUAACUGGAGAAACUGCCACUGACUUGAAGUUGCUUGAGAAAGGUCAGAUUAUUAUUAGUACUCCUGAGAAAUGGGAUGCUUUAUCCCGCCGCUGGAAACAGAGGAAACAUGUUCAACAAGUUAGUCUUUUCAUCAUCGAUGAGCUCCACUUGAUUGGAGGUCAAGGAGGUCCCAUUUUAGAGGUUGUUGUGUCCAGGAUGAGAUACAUUGCUAGUCAGGUUGAAAACAAGAUUCGAAUUGUUGCUUUAUCUACUUCACUUGCAAAUGCAAAAGAUCUGGGAGAAUGGAUUGGAGCUACCUCCCAUGGACUUUUCAAUUUCCCCCCUGGUGUACGUCCUGUGCCUUUGGAAAUUCACAUUCAGGGUGUAGAUAUUGCCAAUUUUGAGGCAAGGAUGCAGGCAAUGACCAAGCCAACUUACACUGCAAUUGUUCAACAUGCCAAGAAUGGGAAACCUGCUCUCAUAUUUGUACCUACAAGGAAGCAUGUUCGGCUGACAGCUGUUGAUCUGAUCACAUACUCUGGUGCAGACAGUGGGGAGAAGCCAUUUUUAUUGCGGUCCCCAGAAGAGCUUGAACCUUUCCUUGACAAGAUUAGUGAUGAAAUGUUGAAAGUCACUUUACGUGAAGGAGUGGGGUACUUGCAUGAGGGCUUGAACAGUCUUGAUCAUGACAUCGUGUCACAGCUAUAUGAAGCAGGCUGGAUUCAAGUCUGUGUUUUGAGCAGUUCCAUGUGUUGGGGAGUGACAUUGUCAGCUCAUUUGGUAGUUGUGAUGGGCACACAAUACUAUGAUGGGCGGGAGAAUGCACAGACAGAUUACCCUGUUACUGAUCUUCUGCAGAUGAUGGGUCAUGCCAGCCGGCCCUUGGUAGACAAUUCUGGAAAAUGCGUUAUUUUGUGCCAUGCUCCUCGAAAAGAGUACUACAAGAAGUUUUUAUACGAGGCAUUCCCAGUUGAAAGCCAUCUUCAUCACUUCUUGCAUGAUAACCUGAAUGCUGAAAUUGUUGCUGGAAUUAUUGAAAACAAGCAAGAUGCUGUAGAUUAUCUUACAUGGACAUUCAUGUACAGGAGGCUCACACAGAAUCCCAACUAUUACAAUUUGCAAGGUGUUAGUCACAGGCAUCUUUCUGAUCACCUCUCAGAAAUGGUGGAAAGUACAUUGAGUGAUUUAGAAGCAAGCAAGUGCAUUACUAUUGAGGAUGAUAUGGACCUUUCUCCUCUCAAUCUUGGAAUGAUAGCAUCUUAUUAUUACAUCAGUUACACAACAAUUGAAAGGUUUUCAUCAUCUGUGACUUCGAAAACCAAAAUGAAGGGUCUUUUGGAGGUUCUAUCUUCAGCUUCGGAGUAUGCUCAGAUUCCAAUACGACCUGGAGAGGAAGAGGUCGUUCGCAAGUUAAUUAACCACCAGAGGUUUUCCUUUGAAAACCCCAAGGUUACAGAUCCGCAUGUUAAAGCUAAUGCUUUGCUUCAGGCCCAUUUCUCUAGGCAAUUUGUUGGUGGGAAUCUUGCAUUAGACCAGAAGGAGGUGCUUCUUUCUGCAAAUAGACUGCUCCAAGCAAUGGUAGAUGUGAUAUCGAGCAAUGGUUGGCUGAGCCUGGCUCUUCUUGCUAUGGAAGUCAGUCAAAUGGUGACACAGGGAAUGUGGGAACGAGACUCCAUGCUACUACAACUUCCUCAUUUCACAAAGGAUCUAGCUAAGAAAUGCCAGGAGAACCCAGGGAAGAGUAUAGAAACUGUGUUUGAUUUAUUAGAGAUGGAGGAUGAUGAAAGGCAGGAAUUGUUGGGCAUGUCAGAUUCACAGUUGUUGGAUAUUGCCCGAUUUUGCAACCGUUUCCCCAAUAUUGAUUUGUCAUAUGAGGUGCUGGACGGUGACAAUGUACGUGCUGGGGAGGAUGUCACUUUACUGGUCACUCUUGAGCGAGAUCUUGAGGGCAAGACAGAACUAGGACCUGUUGAUGCUCCCAGGUAUCCAAAAGCCAAGGAGGAGGGAUGGUGGCUUGUUGUUGGUGAUACCAAAACCAAUCUUUUGCUUGCCAUUAAACGGGUUUCCCUGCAGCGGAAGUUAAAAGCCAAACUGGAGUUUGCUGCUCCUGCUGAUGUUGGAAGGAAAUCCUAUGCGCUUUAUUUCAUGUGUGAUUCAUACCUGGGCUGUGAUCAGGAGUAUGGUUUCACUGUUGAUGUGAAGGAAGCUGAUGGUGAUGAAGAUAACUAACAGCAUAGAAUGAAAAGGGAUAAUCUAAAUCAAACUCUGGUGGCAGCUUGAUGUGUCGUGUUACUUGAGAAAUUUUUGGUGACGCUUCAAAUGGGAAGGACAAUAUAGCACUGCUGAAGAUUGUGUCUUAUUCUUGCAACGGAGGUAGGAAGUAAAGUAGCAUUAGGAAGUAACACUGGCGGAGCAUUAGGAAGUGGAUAGGUUGCUUUUUGAGGCGCUGGAAACCUAUUUUUAUUUUGCUUUUGGGAUGAACAGUAACUAUUGUCAUCCAAGGACGAAAGCGCAGACAAAUGCAUGUUGUACGGCAGCUUGUAUAGAUGUAUGUUUAUAUUGCUGUUUGGUUAACCAAAGUUGUUUAUUCCCAUCAACUUGCAUCAGUUGCCACUAUUCUCAAUCAUUUGAUUUAUGCUCAAUAAUGUGAACACUAGUUCUUACUGAGGAUAGUUUUGGGGAUUUUUAUAGGUAACUUGCAUGUAGUGAGAUGAUACGUUGAAGUUGAUCUACUAUUAUUUUUUCUAUUGUAUUGUAGAUUAGCUGGUUUUGUUAUUGACGCAAAGGUUUACGCUUAAUGUUUCUCUUUCUAAUUCGUUUUUAUAAGAAUGCUAAAUUAAAUGCAUCUUACCGAGUCUUUA